CAAAGGUUGCUUAAGUUAAUUAUGAUUUAAAAAAUAAUAAAAACACUUUUUGAUAGAAGAUACGUUCCUUAAUUAAGCGACGGAAGAGGCGUCUCUUAGGGACACGCGUCGCACAUUCAUCCCUACCCCUCUCUCUCUCUCUCAUCUCUACUUCUCUCUCGACGGCGAAAUCAAUCGGUUUCGAUGCUGAAACUCCGUGAUCGAUCUCUCCGUAUCCGGAUGAAUCAGGCGUCGAUUCCGGUUCAUGCGCCUUUUGUGGCCUUUCACAUAUCUCUCCAUGCUCUUCACUCUCUUCUACGCCAGCGUCUUUGUCGCUGAGAGAAACUCUUUUGAGAAGCUCAACUUGCAGUCUUGGAUCAUACCCAGAUAUAAUCUGCAGUACUUGUUAAAAUGGAGGAAAGAGGCGAUCAAUAACAUGAUUGAGAAAGCAAUACUAGAGGCAAACAAAAAAGGAGUGAAGGUGCUUAGCCUGGGUCUCAUGAACCAAGGGGAGGAGCUAAACAGGAAUGGAGAGGUGUAUAUUAACAAGCAUCCAGAAAUGAAAGUAAGAAUGGUGGAUGGCAGUAGAUUAUCAGCAGCCGUUGUGAUCAAUAGUCUACCCAAAUCAACGACAAAAAGAUUGAUGACAGGCAAUCUCACAAAGGUGGCAUACACCAUCGCCUCUGCUCUUUGCCAGAGAGGUGUUCAGGUAUCGACUCUAUUACCAGAAGAGUAUGAGAAACUACAAUCAUUUGUUCCACAAGAAACCAGAGACAAAGAACAACGCUCCUCCUGUUGCUUCUUCUUCUGAUGUGAAUCUAAAGAGCAACAACAAUGGAGUCUUCACUCCAUUGUUGUUGCAUUACCAAGUUUCAAAGACGUCCCCAACAAUGGAGUCUUCACUCAUUAUCUUCUUUCAUAAUCUCAAUCAAUUUCUCAUAAGAUACUACCAAUAAACCAUUAUAGUUAAGUGUUUCUUAACAAAGUCUCUUAUCUUAAUUUUAUUAGUUAAAAA